GUGCACCUAUACGCGCACCCGAUAGCCAAGUAAACGCUCUUGGUGCGCGUAUGUGAGAAAGAAAGAGACGCAGAGCGCGCGCUCGCGUACGUGUGCAUGGCUGUGUAUUAUUUUUCGGCUUUUUUGAAAUAAGGAUACCCGAGCGAAACUGGACGUACGCAGGACAAUGAUGCAAGAGGAGGUCAUAUCCAAGGCGGAGGAGGUCGCGGACCAGGUAAUUAGAAAUGGAAAGCAAGUACUUCCAACGUUGGCUCGUCUCUGCCUCAUCGCUACAUUCUUGGAGGAUGGCCUACGAAUGUGGUUCCAUUGGAACGAGCAACGAGAGUAUAUGGACAUGUCAUGGGGAUGUGGAAAGUUCUUGGCGACGAUGUUCGUUCUUAUAAAUUUGAUAGGCCAACUUGGCGGCUGUGUGGCCGUAAUAGGAAGGUGGAGAGUCAGCAUCGCUUGUGGAGUACUUUUCUUCAUUGUGAUUCUACAAACGUUUGCUUACAGCAUUCUGUGGGAUUUGCAAUUUUUGUUCCGAAAUUUAGCUCUCAUCGGUGCCCUUUUAUUAGUACUGGCCGAGUCUAAAGCGGAAGGAAGGUCUUUAUUCGCCGGUGUACCUUCGCUCGGCGAUAAUAAGCCAAAAAAUCUAUUGCAACUAGCCGGAAGAGUACUUUUAGCAUUUAUGUUUAUAACUCUGAUCAGAUUUGAAUGGUCGUUCUUUCAAAUUAUUCAAGACGUUCUUGGAGGAACAUUGAUGGUUUUGGUGACUAUAGGAUACAAGACCAAAUUAAGUUCUUUACUGUUGGUAGUCAUUUUAACAGCCCUCAACUUCUACCAUAACGCAUGGUGGACUAUCCCGCACUACAAGCCUCUCAGAGAUUUUCUUAAAUAUGAUUUCUUCCAAACUCUUUCCGUAAUCGGUGGAUUACUGAUGAUUGUAUCGCUCGGACCAGGUGGUGUCUCAAUGGACGAACAUAAGAAAAAGUGGUAGAAUUAACAUGCUUAUGGAAAUUAGCAAAUUUUCAUUCCUCCGCUUUUUACGAGCUCAACUGUCCAUCAAACUGUUUGAAAUGAUAAAAUAUGAGAAAAAGUGUGCAAAACAAAAGGUAAAUGUCUUCUAUAACGGAGGUUCAAGUUGUCCAAGGGAAUUGCUCUUCUUAUUUACUAUGAUCCAAGGCACUUUGUAAAGUUUGAAGUUAUAUCAUCCGGAGACUACGAUAAGAUGCCUUAAAACAUUAAGAAGAACAACAGACAAAGACUAAUUUAUAAUAUAAUACAAAUAAUAGCUUGUACAUAUAGAACAUUUGUCAUAAACAGUGAAUUCUUUUGGCGCAUUUAAAAUUUUUAUUCCUUGUUUUUGAGCUAUCGAUCAUUUUAAGAUCAUUGCUCAUUUUAUGAAUGUUGUAGGAGAUAUUUUAUUUUGAACUAAAAAUCUUCCAUUAAAUGGUAAUACAUUGCUGCACUAAUGUAUUAUUUUUGUUAUGUUUGUAUGCUACGUAUCCUGCUGACUAAAAGUCGAUUUUCGAGUCGUUGUAAAUAAAUUUUCAAUCUCUUCAGACAGGAUCUUAUUAACACGUGCAGCUUGGUGAACGGUCCUAUAUUACUUCUAAUAAGAAUAAUUUUCUAAAAAUAAACCUUGACUAAAAUAGUUUGCAUAUACAUACAGUCGAUUGCCUGCUCCCCAUAAGUGACAAGUUUUCAAAAUUAUGAAAAUUAAAAUUUGUUAAAGAAUGCUAAGUAAAUACUUGAUGAAGCAACGAUUACGUUAGAUGGGAAUAAAUUUAAUUUCAUUGUUCAUAAAGCAGCAACGAUUUUCAAAACAUAAACCUUUAGCUAAUGCAUUCACAAUCGCUGCGAUCAUUGUUUCAAAGGAAAAAAGAAAAAAAAAGUAAA